ACUUCUCUCAGUCCUGCUUUGCCAUGAAGUCCUCAACUGGCCUCAUUGUCCUCCUGACUUUCCUUCUCCUCGGUGCCUUGAUGCCUGCUGCCACCAAGGAACUUAGGAAAGGGAACUGCCCACCUUCACCUCCAGGAAAACUUGAACCAUGUACAAAAUUCUGCAAGACAGAAGAUGACUGCCCUAUGCCCAUGAAGUGCUGCGACUAUAAAUGCAAGCAAAUAUGCAUGGCUCCUAUGGAAAUGGAAAAUAAAUACUCCAACCUGAAGAGUCCAGGCCUUUUUUGACUUGCGGGGAGGUGGUCUUCUUUUCCUGAGGGUCUUGAUGACCGUGGCGCCAGCUUUCAAAUUGAUUUGAACCCGCAGCGGAGAGUUCCGCAGAUCCAUCACCAAAGGAAUGGAGCGGGACCGCAGCAGACUAUUAUUAAAAGAUUUUUUUUUCUCUCACUUUCCCCUUCCCUGGACUAUGUAACAAAUCCCCCCAAUAAAAGUAGCAUUCAUUUUUUAACAGUAA